GUGGAUUUGUAACUUAUAAGUGGCUUUAUCAUUCGAGCAAAACGUUGAGAAUUAAGAAAAUUAUCGUUUUUUUCUUCUUUUCACCAACUGUAUCUAUAAGCUGAAUUAUGGCGGAGGCAGUGAAGAAGGAGGUUGAAGCUGAAACGUCCGCUGCUCCACCGCCUGCAGUGGAGGCUCCAAAAGCUGAAUCCGGGAAAAAAACCGUGGCUCCACCACCACCAGCUCAGGAGAAACCUGAAGAAUCCAAAGCUCUUGCCGUCGUUGAGAAGGCUCCCGAGCCUGCACCAAAGAAAAUUUCAGGAGGAUCACAUGAUAGAGAUAUUGCACUUGCAGAGGUUGAAAAGGAAAAAAGGAUGUCAUUCAUCAGAGCAUGGGAAGACAGUGAAAAGACCAAAGCAGAGAAUAAGGCCCAGAAAAAGCUCUCUGCUAUUGUAGCAUGGGAGAACAGCAAGAAAGCAGCUCUGGAAGCAAAACUGAGAAAAAUUGAGGAACAAUUGGAAAAGAAGAAAGCAGAAUAUGCAGAAAAAAUGAAGAACAAGGUAGCUUUACUUCACAAGGAAGCGGCAGAAAAGAGGGCAGAAGUUGAAGCCAAACGUGGAGAAAAACUGCUCAAGGCAGAGGAGAAGGCUGCAAAAUUACGUGCAACGGGACAAACUCCAAAAAAGCUCCUCGGUUGUUUCUGAAGUUACAAAUUUGCUGUCUGGUUUUGAAACAAAUGUGAUUAACAGUUUUCAUUGCACGAUUUUCUUGUUUGUAACUCUCUGUUUUUAUCUGUAUAUUUCCUGUUGGUUUUCUA